AUGUCGAAGUAUUGCAAUAAUUGUUUUUGUUGUGGUCAUUAUCUUGUGCCACGAUAUAAACGAUUAGUGAAUAAUAUAUUUUCACAAAAUCCACAACAUAGUGUUGAUAGAAAUAAUCUCGAACGAUUACGUUUUUAUGCUAUUCAAAAACCUGAAAAACUUCAUAAAUCAUUUCGAUAUAUGUCGGAAAAAAUAGCACGUUAUUUACGCCAUCAAAAUCUACCAUAUGUUAUACUUGGUAUAAAAGCAAUGGAUGAUACAGUGAAAUCUUGUUGUGAACAAUUGAAUACAUUUAUUGAUCAUUAUUUAGCAACACUUCAUCUUUUACUUGAAGAAAGAGAUGAUUUAGAAUUAAUUGAACAUGCAAUUCAUUCAUUUGAAUCAUUUUGUGAAAUUCGUCAAGAAGCACCAAAUUAUCAAAGAGAUUAUGAAUUUUUUGUUGAUCGUUUUACACAAUUAUGUCAUGAUAAUGAUCCAAUCAAUAAAAUAAGAUUUCGAUAUCUUGGUCUUCGUGGUCAUCAAGCACUUAUUCGAAAAACUGCCGGUGAUGAAUUACAUAAUGAUGUUUGGAAACAUAUGAAUCAAAUCAUACCAUCUAUUAUAUUUAAUAUGAAAGUACCAAAUCAAAAUCGAUCCCAAGAUUUAUCAAUAACAACCAUAUCACUUGAACAAGUCACGAUAACAACAGAAACAUUAACUGAAAAUGAUCUCAAUAUUCUAGCUAAUACUAUUUUGAAAGAUUUAUUUUGUCGAGUUCAUGUUAACGAUAUUCCUACUUGUAUAAAACCUGUUCUUAAUCAUUUAGAUCUUCAUGAACUAUGGACUGUAGUUGAUUUUCCAAAGUAUAUAUUUUCUGAAAUAAUGAAUUCAGUUAAUCAUUAUAAUAGUUAUUCAAUUAUUGAUUUACUUCUUGAUCAUCUUGAAUUGUACUCUGAGAAAAAAGACAUGUUACGUAUAAAAACUUGUAUUAUGCAAGUUAUUCAUAUUUGUUUAAUUUUUGCUGCAACAAAUACUGGAGUUGAAUCUACAAUAUUUAGUGGACUAGCACGUCUGAUAAAAUGUUUAGAAAAAUCAUUUCAUAACGAAAGUAGACGUUCGAAAGCAUCAGUAUAUAUUCAAGAUGAACAACAAUUUCAAAAUGCAGUUAUCGAUGGAAUAAGAGAGUUUACGGAAAAAUUACGGGAUUAUCAAAUAAUGGAGGUUGCAGCAACUUAUCAAGCAAAACGCCAUGAUGAAUCAACAUCAACUCAAACAACAUUUCCUCAUCAAUUAUUUGAUCCAUUAAUUAAAAUGAUGAGUGCAUCUGUCGUAGAAAUUCGUUUAAUUAUUCUAGAAAUUCUUAUACUACUAAUCGAUAAAAGACAUUAUGCUGAUAAAAUACGUAAGAUUAGAAUACCGAAAGAUAUUUCACAACUUAAUUUAUCAGCUGCAACAAAAACAUCACAUCUUGUUGAUAUGCCAUUUAUGAAAAAAUAUGGUGAACGCUUUCUUCGUCAACUUUAUAAUUGUAUAUUAAUGAAUAAUAAUACAAAAGAUAUUUUUUAUACUAUUUAUUGUCUUAUGAAUAUUGUUACACUUGAAGUUAAUGAUCAAGAUAUACUUGUUGAUAUUAUUCAUUUUUGUUUUGAAAUUCAAUCAAUAUUGUUAACAAUCAUUGAUGAAGAUUAUAAAAAAUUAUCGAAAAUCAAUUGUAAUUGUAUACAUGCUUUAAUUGCAGCAUAUUUCAAUUUAAUGUCGAAAUUAUAUGGAAUUGAAGCUUUUUCUACUCAUGUCGAUGAAGUUAUUCAGAGUCGUGAGUUAUCUGCACCACAUCUUCUUCCGCCAAAUGCGUUUCAAUCUACGACGAAAGAAAAUUUAUCAAAAUCUCUUUCAAUGGAAUGUUUAUUCUCUGAAAAAAUAGUUAUUGAUGCAUUAAAACUAUCUCAUUACGAUAUAUCACGAUUCGAUCGUAUUAUUCAUAAACCAGGUUAG